GCGCAUAAAGUAAGAAGAAGAAUAAAAACAACAUAUUUUAUAUGCAAUAGUAUUAACAUUAAUUUAUAACAAAAAGGGAUAUCUCUGUUGCGGGAAUGAUUUGUCGUUUGUGUUUACGGACUUUAGUUCAGGAAAAUGCUAUCUCUUUAUUUGAGUCACCUCAUAAGGAAUCGAAACUAAUUGAACUUAUAACAAAGUAUUUCCACUUGGAGGUAGCGCAAGAUGAUCCUAUAUCAACUUCAUUGUGUGAAGAAUGUUGUGAUCAUUUGGAGGAAUUCCAUAAGUUUUGGACAUUUGUGGAUUUAAAACAGAGUUCGUUGGGAAGUGAGUUUCUAGCUGUAAAAUGUAGCAAUUUAGAGGAAGAUACACCGGUAUUAAUCGAUGUUACGGGAGAUAACAUUGAUAAUCAAGACGAAAUGCUAUUAGAUUUGAAGGAUAUAUCAGCGUCACAAGAAUCAUAUAGUAAGAACUUCGACUUAGCAACUACCUCCGAAAGUAUAGCUGUUAUCCCGGACAUAAAAUUCGAUUUAGACACGGAAUGUGGAAAUAUAGAAGCAGAAGAUGAUUGGAGAAAUGACAACGAAUCGAUUGAAGACGAUAUUCCAUUGAUAAAUUUGAAAGGAAAAAUUGGAAACAAUAUUUCGAAGCCUACAAAAAGUAAUGUAAAAAGUUAUGUUCGUGUAAAGAAAAUAAAACGGAACCAUAAAAGCAUUGAUUCCCCUACGCUAAAAAAUGUAUUGAGAAAACAGACGUCAAAAUUAAAUGAUGAAAUUAUUGGAAAUUUUAUGUUACUGAACUGUGAUAUAUGUGGUGCAUGUGUUGAGACAUAUAACGAACUCCGUUUACAUUUUACACAAAUACAUAAAACAACAGCAUAUGUUAAGUGUUGUAGUAAAACAUUCCAGAAACCAAGUUUAUUAGCGGAGCACCUUCAAUGGCAUACCAAUCCCAGUAAAUUUAAAUGUGAAGAUUGCGGAAAACAGUUGAAGUCAAGUAAAUGCUUAGCAAGUCACAUUAAAAUAAUUCAUUCUAAAAAGGAAGAAAAUCACGAAACUGUAUGCUGUCAUAUCUGCUCUAAAGUAUUUCGUGGACAGAAAUGUCUCGAAAAUCAUAUACGGAAACACGAAGACAAUAGAGAAUAUAACUGCGAAAUAUGUAACAAAAGCUUUGCAACUCCACAACGCUUACGCAAACACAUAGAAGCCAUACACGAGGAUCUCCAUCGCCAUAUAUGUGAUGUAUGUGGUAAAGCAUUCAAAUUCAAGCCUUCGUUUGAAAGACAUGUGCUUGAACAUCAAGGCAUUAUAGAACCACCUGUUCAAUGUGAUAUUUGCGGAGAAUGGUCAAAAAAUAAACAUGUGCACAGAUUACACCAAUUCAAGCAUAACAAUACCGACGCGGACUGUAAAUAUUGUGGACGAAAAUGUCGUUCACGCACCGCCUUAAGGGGUCAUAUUAAUUACAUGCACAAGAAGAAAUAUGAUUUACAAUGCAGUUUUUGCGAAAAGACAUUUAAGGAAAGUAGAAACCUAGAGGAGCAUAUGGCUACACACACCGGCGCGCAAUUGUACUCUUGUCCACACUGCUCAAAGGAAUGCCGCUCAAAAUCGAAUAUGUACGUGCAUAUAAAACGAAUGCAUGCUAACGAAUGGUUCCAAUCAAAAAUGGCGCGUUCAAAUGAUCCCAAUUUGAAAGCAAAUCAAAUAAAUGUAAGCUGAAAUUACGAAGUUUAUAAUAUAUUUCCUAUUGUUAUUUAAAGAUUAUAGUACAUCUUAUAUUUUGACGAAAAUACAAGAAAUAAAUCAA